AUGCUUUCUAGAACAGUUUGUACGAGGAGUGUCUUGAGACCGGUUGUUGCAUCGGUGUCAAAGAGGACAGUGUCCAAGGUUUCCGGUGAGUUCAUCGGUUCUUCAUCUAGUUUCAAACUAAGCAGCGCUGCGCGCAAUGCACGUCUAUUAGGACUAAGAUACGAGUCUACAGUGGUUAAAGUUCCUCCAAUGGCAGAGUCUUUAACCGAAGGAUCCCUAAAAGAAUAUACAAAGCAGGUUGGCGAAUUCAUUCAACAGGACGACCUGUUGGCAACCAUCGAAACCGACAAGAUCGACAUAGAAGUAAACGCCCCUGUUUCUGGUAAAAUCAGCAAAUUAUGCUUUCAACCCGAAGAUACGGUCACCGUUGGUGACGAGCUUGCCGAGAUUGAACCCGGCGAAGCGCCUGCCGGUGGUGCUGCAGCAUCCGAGGCACCUGCCAAGGAGGAACCUAAAAAAGAGGAGCCUAAGAAGGAGGAAACUCAAACCCAAGCAGCUGCUCCAGCUACUCCUCCUAACGAAGAGCCUAAGAAGGCACCCUCCCCACCUCCAACCCCCAAGAAGGAAUCGGCUCCUGAAAAGGAAGUCGCACCUGCUACACCUUCUGGUGCAUUUUCUCGUUCCGAGCAUAGAGUGAAGAUGAAUCGUAUGCGUAUGAGAAUCGCUGAGAGAUUAAAGGAAUCUCAAAAUACCGCUGCAUCAUUGACUACUUUCAACGAGUGUGAUAUGUCUGCGGUGCUAGAAAUGCGUAAGCUAUACAAGGAUGAAAUCAUUAAGAAGACUGGUGUGAAAUUUGGUUUCAUGGGUCUCUUCACAAAGGCGUGUACACUAGCUGCCAAGGAUAUUCCUUCUGUUAACGGUGCGAUUGAUGGUGAUCAAAUUGUAUACCGCGACUACACUGAUGUGUCCAUUGCCGUAGCCACGCCAAAAGGACUUGUGACGCCUGUUGUGCGUAAUGCUGAGUCAUUGUCCGUUAUCGAAGUCGAACAAGAGAUAUCACGUCUGGGUAAGAAGGCACGUGAUGGUAAGCUAACGCUCGAAGACAUGGCUGGCGGUACUUUCACCAUCUCCAAUGGUGGUGUAUUUGGUUCUUUAUAUGGUACACCAAUUAUCAAUAUGCCACAAACUGCAGUGUUGGGCCUCCAUGGUGUGAAGGAAAGACCAGUAACCGUGAACGGACAGAUUGUUUCCCGUCCGAUGAUGUAUUUGGCUUUGACCUACGAUCAUAGACUGCUGGACGGUAGAGAAGCAGUCACAUUUUUGAAAACUGUAAAGGAGCUGAUCGAAGACCCAAGAAAGAUGAUGUUGAUGUGA